ACAAAUUGAAUAAUAUUGUAAAUGACUUUGUCUGUUCAUAAAAGUAGACAGUGCUAAUUAAGCUUGGCUGUAAGGUGACACUUGUUACUGUUCAUAUUAAUUAUCAUGUUUUAUGAUAGUAUACAAAGUUAUAAUUGGCAUUCGUUCAUUCGUUAUCAUGCAUGAGAUAUGUAAUGUUGCAUGGAUCUAAACAUAGACCGUUUUUAUGUUUUACUUGUGAUAGUAUUUCAAUUUUCUUCCUGAUUCAGGAUAUAAUAUGGCUACUUCAGGAUUUAAUAUGGCUAACAUGAAACUUUUUGAAAAUCGGAAAAAACGACAGAAACGGUUGAAUGGAAAUAAAACAAAAACACAAGGUUCCAGGGAGCGGUAUAAAGUUGUCUAUAAAAAAGAAAUUCAAGAGGAAAAUGUAGAAAUAGUGCAGAUUGUAAAAAGAGAAGAAGAAGGAAUAAAUGACAGAGAAGGGAUUUGUUCCACUUCGAUAUGUGCAGUAUCAACAACAGAAGAAAGUUUUGUUGCCAAUAUUAAAUUACAAUUACAGAUAAUUUCAGGUCAGUCUAUUCGGUCUAUAUGGGCCGAGGAUGCUGUAAUUUUACAUAAAACCAAGAAGUCAGCGGAAAGAACUGUGGCAACUAAUAGUUCUACCUCAACUGUGUCAUUUCGUAGUCAGCUGGAAAAAGAAUGUUCAUUACUACCUAUGACCCUUUUAACGUUUAUGUCGGUUUUACAUUAUGUGCAAUAUUGCAAACCGUCUUAUACAACCGCUCCGACAAAACGUUCCACACACAUGACAAGUACAGAUAAUGGUUCUUCACUAACACAUUUUCAUGAAGCUCUUGCUGUAAAUGGAAGAAGGACUGCUGAAUCUACGAGAGAAGAAAUACACUUUACUUCAUACUCAAGUAUCAAAUCAGACGUAUGUGUAGUAAAACCUCAAAUGCAAAUUACUGGCUUUCAUGAACAACCUCAAAUUACAGUUACAGUGCCAACCUCACAAACACUUUCUUUUCAGGAUACUGCUAUUGAAGUAAAGCUUCCUACUCGAGAUGUUUGCGAACCCACACGAUUUACUACAAAAUCUGGGACAACUUUUAAAGAUGAUGGGGGAAAACUAAAACGAUUAAGAGCAUUUGAUAGGAAAAAGUUCGUAAGACUAGACAAUAGUGUUGUCGAACCACCCAGUCCAAGGAGAAAGAGAGGAUAUCAGAAGCACAUUAGAGAAUAUCAGAAGCAUAUUAAAGAAAAACGUUCAGAGGUACAUGUCCAUAAAAAAGCUGCAAGAGAGAAAACACUAAAAUCAGUAUCACAGAAAAUGUUUGAGCUUCAGUAUAUUGAAAACGUUGAUGAUUAUAUCGAAUGUAAACGUGCUAAAUAUCGUUUGAAAGAAAAAGAAUUGGACACAUUUUUAACAAAAAUAAACGGCGUUGACAAACUGGCUUAUUCUCAAGGUGAAGUACCUGGAAAAAGUAUGAGAAUUACACAAAAGACCGAAUAUAUUACAAAACUAUUUAAGGAAAUCGGUCUUCGUAGAGAUAAUUUAAACGAAGAUCCAAAACUGAAUGUAAGCCUUAUGCAUAAUUUCAUUUUUGAUACGGAUUUUUCGGAAUCUGGUGAUGUAGAAAACUGUGCUCUAGACUUUGAAAACCUGGUUGACUUUUUAUCGAACGAUUCCGUAAUGUCAUAUUUCUUCCGUAGAUAUAUGGAAGAUAUAGAUUCAACAGGUGCAUAUUCUAUCAAUAGUUUGCGCGAGGCCAGAUAUUUCCUCGGUCUUAAACAAAUAAACAGUGAUAAGGUUUGCAUGUAUUUUUUACAAUUACAAGGAAAACUUGAGGAUAAACAGAACAAUGAGCAACAAUUAAAACCACGGAUUCGGUUGAUUACUGUGCCUGCAGAAGUGUUUGAAAAUGCAAUGAGACAGUGUCAAAUAUAUGAAUAUGAGCUGACAUUUUCGAAUUAUUUUCCUCGAAAUUGUAGAAUGUUUAUCGCCAUUCCAGUGUAUAAAGGUGGUUUUAUCAAUCGCCGUGACAAUAAAGAUCGCAGAUGAAAUACGUGAAGAGAUGUGUUAGAAAUGGAAGAUUAUGGCCAAAAAUCUUUCCCGUCCGCAAAAAAAGAUUAAAAAUUCUCUUUUUAAGUGUAUAGAUCUAUAGAUCUAUAGAUGUAAUGAUAAUUAUUUUUAUAUAAACAGUAUGUAGUCCAUUGUAAAUGGAAAACGUAUUCACUGGUGCAAUAUCCAAACAUUUUCGGGAAAACUAAGGAAAGUUUUGUUAUUUUGCACCACAACACCCGCUCUCUCCUCCAGUUUCGAAAACUGUUACAACCCCUUCUAUAUAUAUCGAGUUGAACCAUUACGAACGUGUGAUACAAUUCGGUUGUGUAUAUAAAGCCGCAUCGAAACUAAUCUUAUUGGGCUCGUGGACUUGCUGUCGUUUGUACUGCUAGGCGCUUUGCCGUAAUUGGUCUGGUAUAUUGUGGUGGUGAUUUAAUUCGUAUAGUUCUCUCUGUUAAUAAUUUAUAAUGCGAGGAUCUCACGUAUGGGAAAGUCAACUGUUCUGAUUUGUCAUAACAAAGAAAUAACCUGUAGCGUGGAAGAUGCACAGUCCUUUCUCCAUCCAGAAAAUGAAAUUUCAGUAGAAUGUGGCACAGAUAACCUGAACCAACAUGCUCAACUCCAAAUCUUAAACUUCUUAGCUCUCCAGAUCUACCUAAUACUUUUUCAAAAUGUGACUGUAGCUCACAGACAGAGUACAGUGUACCACACUCUAGUCAGCAUAUUAAAGAAUUGACACAUCAAAAUGUACAAAUCAGGAAGGAAAGUGACAACCUCAAGCAAAUAAAUGAUGAACAAAAGAAGAAAUUGACUCAAGUUGUAGAUAUUGCAGAGUCCUUGAAAAAACACUGACAGACACACAAUCUAAAGUGACUAGACAAAGCAAUGAAAUAUCAUCUAUCUCCAAAAAAGUUAAAGAGCUGGAAUCAAAACUUACAGUUGCAAAUGCUACCAAUUUAGUCCAAGAAGAAGAUAUUGAAAAACUGAAACAGCAGAAUCACAAUGAAAAGCAGAAAAACCUGAACAAUUCUCUGUUACGAAAUACAGAAACGGAGCGUAUCUCAAAUAUAGAGUCAUCAUUAUCAUCCGUCCAUGAUGAAGUUAACACAGUAAAAUCUGAAGCCCUGAGAAUAUCGCAAUAAAUUGAAACAUCUGCCACUAUGAUAGACUUCCAAAUGCUUCGCCAAGAUCUUCAAAAGGAAAGGGAUGCAAUUAGCAAUUGCAGGAAGAAAUGCUAAAACUGAAAUCUGCUCCCUCAUCAGCUUCAGGGUCCACUGAUACAGGUACUUGCACUUCAGCUUCAAAUUCACAAGUGAAAGAUUUGACAAAAUGUUGUGAAAAGCCUCAAACAAGCGGAUACAGUGAUACAACAGAGUCGAACUACAGCAAUGAACAAAAAUCAAAGGAUGACAAGCAAACUUACACAGUACUUAUUUUAGGUGAUUCAGUAACAAAAAUCCUUAAAAGCUCCAAAUUAUCUGGAAAGGACCUACAAGUGUCAAUAAAAUCCCAUCCUGGGGCUCAAAUCAGGGAAAUACAGAGGAAUGUUGACCAAUCAAGAGAAAUUCAACAAAACAUGUAGAACUGUGAUGUAUUCUUAAUUCCCGCUGGGAUUAACAAUAUCUCAGAUGCACAGGAACCACCAGAAAUAGUUAAAGAACUUAGUGAACUAACCAAAAGCUUACUAGAAAAGAAUCCAAAAGCCAAAUCAUGAUUUCAUCAAUACUACUGAAGAAAAAAAAUCGCCUUUCAUUCAAUAUGAUAAAAACAACAAAUUCCUUGCACAAAUCAUUUUGUGACAACAAUGGACAUGACUUCAUUGAUAAUACCCAAAUCUUCCUGCAAAACAACAACAUUGAUCAAAGCCUCUACUAUGGUGAAGUACAUUUAUCAAGCAAAGGUGGGGCCAUUUUUGGUAAAAACUUGAAAUCUAAUUUGUACAAAAUGCUACAGAUAAAAUCAAUAAAAUUUUCGGCAGGCUCAAAACUUGAAACAGCCUCACAUUCAAUCAAAGAGCAGAGCGUGGAGACAUCCACACCAUCCAGUGACGAGACCAGUUCUCCUUCCACCAUGGGCAUUUCAUCAAUGGGGACCAGCUUACAGACAAUAUCGGUAGAAAAUGAGUAUCAGCAGAAUUAGUCUCAAAUUGACAACAAUCAGAUGGAUCUUAAUUUAUCUAUACAAACCAGCCAAAAUACCAAUGAAAGACAAGAACAAACUGUACUAGACUACUCUGAUAGAUUCCACACAAAAUCAGGACUUAAAGCUAUGCACUUGAACAUACAUUAUUUUUACCCCAAAUUCAGUGAAAUUCAACUUUUAAUCAGUCAGCAUGGUGAUAUUGAUAUCUUUUGUUUCUGUGAAACGUUUUUAAACGAAUCUUUUCAUGAUAAUGAAUUUCAUCUCAAUGGUUAUAACAUAUUUCGUAAGGAUAGGAAAUCAAAUGGUGGUGGAGUAUUAGUAUACGUGAAAAAUAAAUACAUGUACUACUGUUUACGCCGUGAAGAUUUGGAAAGUGAAAAUGUUGAAUCUAUCUGGCUGGAAAUCAAACAUGAUAAGCAAAAGUCUUUCAUACUUGGAUAUAUAUACAGACCACCAUCAUCACCAGCAAUGUGGAAUGAUGAUGUUGAUAAAACCUUGAAUUAUGUUUAUACCGAAAACAAAGAGUUAUUGCUUUUAGGUGAUUUUAACUAUAAUUAUGAGAACAAUAUUACUUCAAACAAUGCUUGGAAUGAUAGUCUAAUAUCAUAUAAUCUUCAGCAACUUGUGGAUAAACCCACCAGAGUAACUUCCAAAUCCUCAACAAUAAUUGACCAUCUUUAUUCUAACAUGCCAUGUAAUAUAGUUGAAGUAAAUGUUCCAACUAUAACUCUCA